GGGAAGCCGGGCUGCGAAGCGGGCAAUUUCAGUGUGAGACGGAGCCGCGAGACCGAGCGGCCGCUCCGAGCGCGGCGCGCCGGCUCCUCCCGCCCGGGGUCAGCGCCCCGGCGCGCGCACGCGCACCCCCGCCGCCGGAGCGCGCCCCGCGCCGCCCGCGCAGUCGGUCGGUCGGUCGGUCGGUCGUCCGUCGAGCCGCGGGCGCCACCUGAGGGAGCCGCAGUCGCCGCGGGACGCGCCCGGACCCGCCGCGCCCGCCGCGCCCGAGGCCGUCCGGGGGCCCAGGCGCCAGCGGCGGGCUCGCCAGGCAACUUGGGUUGUUGGGUGCGUUGACGCAAGCUGCCUUUCGUGCGAGUAGCCGCAGCCAUGACCGAGUGGUAGGAGCAGCAUCCUGGACCUUGAAGCAGUUCAGAAUGACGGAGGAAGCAUGCCGGACCCGGAGUCAGAAGCGCACGCUUGAACGGGACCCAGCGGAGGACGAUGCGGAGAGCAAGAAAAUAAAAAUGGAGAGAGGAUUGUUGGCUUCAGACUUCAGCGCUGACGGAGACCCGAGGGUCACACCUGAACCGGGAGCGGGCCCAGCCCCAGGACUGCUGAGGGCAGCAGAAGUGACUGUGUCGGGCCGAGGUGAAGGACCAGCUGGCGACGGGCCUGUGGAUAUGCGCACCUCACACAGCGACAUGAAGUCCGAGAGGAGGCCGCCCUCGCCCGACGUGAUCGUGCUCUCCGACAGCGAGCAGCCCGCGAGCCCGCGCGUGAACGGGCUGGCCACGGUGGCCGCGAAGGAGACCAGCACCGAGGCCCUCCUGAAGAGCAGCCCCGAGGAGCGAGAACGGAUGAUCAAGCAACUGAAGGAGGAGCUGCGGUUAGAAGAAGCCAAGCUCGUGCUGCUGAAGAAGCUGCGGCAGAGUCAGAUUCAGAAGGAGGCCAGCGCCCAGAAGCCCGUAGGCUCCACCGGGAGCGCUGUGACCACCCCUCCCCCGCUCGUGCGGGGCACCCAGAACAUUCCCGCGGGCAAGCCAUCCCUUCAGACCUCGACGCGGAUGCCCGGCAGCGUGAUCCCACCGCCCCUGGUUCGGGGCGGGCAGCAGGCGUCCUCGAAGCUGGGGCCGCAGGCGAGCUCCCAGGUCGUCAUGCCCCCCCUCGUCCGCGGGGCCCAGCAAAUCCACACCAUCAGACAACAUUCCAGCACCGGGCCGCCGCCCCUCCUCCUGGCCCCUCGGGCCUCCGUGCCCAGCGUGCAGAUCCAGGGACAGAGGAUCAUCCAGCAGGGGCUCAUCCGUGUGGCCAACGUCCCCAACACCAGUCUGCUGGUGAACAUCCCACAGCCCACCCCGGCAUCGCUGAAGGGGACGUCGGCCGCCUCGGCUCAGGCCAGCUCCACGCCCACCAGCGUGGCGGCGGUGGUCACGUCUGCCGAGUCUCCAGCCAGCCGGCAGGCGGCUGCCAAGCUCGCGCUCCGCAAACAGCUGGAGAAGACGCUGCUCGAGAUCCCCCCGCCCAAGCCCCCCGCGCCGGAGAUGAACUUCCUGCCCAGCGCCGCCAACAACGAGUUCAUCUACCUGGUGGGCCUGGAGGAGGUGGUGCAGAACCUGCUGGAGACCCAAGCAGGCAGGGUGCCAGCCGCCGUCGCCGUGUCCCGGGAGCCCUACGUGUGCGCGCAGUGUAAGACGGACUUCACCUGCCGCUGGCGCGAGGAGAAGGGCGGGGCCGUGAUGUGCGAGAGCUGCAUGACGUCCAACCAGAAGAAGGCGCUCAAGGUGGAGCACACGAGCCGGCUCAAGGCCGCCUUCGUGAAGGCGCUGCAGCAGGAGCAGGAGAUGGAGCAGCGGCUGCUGCAGCAGGGCGCCAGCCCCGCGCAGGCCAAGGCCGAGCCCGCCCUGAAGCAGGUCGUAAAGCCGCGGCGUAAGUUGGCGUUCCGCUCGGGAGAGGCCCGCGACUGGAGUAACGGGGCCGUGCUACAGGCCUCCAGCCAGCUGUCCCGGGGCUCGGCCACAGCAGCCCGCGGCGUCCUGCACACGUUCAGCCCGUCACCGAAACUGCAGAACGCGGCCUCCACUGGGACCCCGGUCAGCAGGGCCGGCAGACAUUCCGAGAGAGCCGCGGGCACCGGCAAGGGCAGCGCCCCCUCCAACUGGAAGAAGACGGCCCUCAGCACAGGCGGGACCCUCACGUUCGUGAGCCCGGGCUUGGUGCACAAGGCGUCGUCGGCCGUGGACCGCCAGCGAGAGUACCUCCUGGACAUGAUCCCGCCGCGCUCCAUCCCGCAGUCGGCCACGUGGAAGUAGCGCCAGGCCCGGGGAAGGGCAGCUCCCGCUCCCCGGCCGCCUCCGCUCGCUCAGGAAGACCCCGGGCUCGCCCGAGCGCAGGACCCGACUCUGGGCGGCUCGGGCAGCGGCGGCCUCGCAGGCGGACGAGGCUGAGCCGGGCCUCCGGGGUUCUUCUGCCUUUGCCUUUCAUUUGCCGACACCAGCAGACAAGCAGACCCGGGGCUGGGCAUGCCCGGCGGGACGCGGACCACGGCCGCGGGGCGGGUUCCUGUUUCUUUCUCCGGUCUCAGGCGCCCGCACCACCACCUUCCUCCAGGCUGUCCGUAGGUUGAACGUUGUUUCUGUUUUGUUUUUCCUGAUCACCUCAUGAUGAUGGAGUUAGAAGUGGACGUACCGGCCCAGGGGCCCCUGCCGCUCACGCGUGGGUCCCCCGGCCCCGGAGGGUGGGCCGCCCACGGACACGGGGACAGCCCGCGCAGCCCCGCCCCGGCUCAGGGCCCCCACUGCUGCUGGUCCCCGCGACCCCGGACCUCGCACUUAGCGGAAGAGCACGCCGAGCCGAGCAGGGGCCGGGGCAGGGCAGGGCAGGGCAGGGCAGGGCAGGGCAGGGCAGGGCAGGGCAGGGCCGGCGGGGCUCCUGUUGUUGCUGUUGUGGUUCUAUUUUAUUAAAUCUUUUCCUUUCCUAGUCAUUUGAUGGACACAAUCGUAAGCCGGCCCGGCGUGCGCACGGGCAGGGAGCGCGCCCGGGGGUGGCGGCGCCGCGCAGGCGCAGGUGCGCGGGUCCCCGCGGGGGGCGCGGAGCCCUCCUCCCCGGGGCCGCAGACGGCUGUGCUCCCUUGAGCGGCUGCAGUGUUCCUGUCUGGUUUUCUGUUUUCGUUUUUUUUUUUUUUUUUUUUUUUUAAGGAUCAGGUCUGCUUUUAGUUUUAUUUUUCUUUCUGUUCCUUCCUCCGACUCGCUACAAAUCAGUUCCGAAAGGAGAGGCGGACGCCGCCGUCUGUGCGCCGCGGGCGGGGCCCCUCGGCACUGGAGGGCGGGGCCGUGGUCCCUGGUCAGUUCCAGCCCCGGUUUCCCUAAGGACGCAGUUAGGGACUUUAAUUUAAAACCCUCAUUUUGUAGGGCCGCCUUCUUCCAACACCUGCUACAACAUUCUAAUAAAGGCUCAUUUAACCCCUGG